CAUCUGAGAUGAAUGCCAGGUGUAUUUGUGACUUUGCUUCUCGUUUGACAAGGAAAAAGAUUGUUGGCUCCGAUGUGAUGGCAACAAAUCUGCAUCGUUGCCUCAACACUGCUGACAUCACUUUGCUAUCUAUUGGACACAUGAUCGGCUCUGGAGUCUAUGUCCUUUCAGCAACAGUUGCCAAGAACAUGGCUGGGCCGGCCAUUGUGGUGGCAUUUCUGUUCAGUGGAUUUGCUUCUUUCCUUGCAGCCCUUUGUUAUGCAGAACUCGGCGUGAGGUACCCAAGAUCAGGAUCCGCAUAUUCUUACACAUACUUGGCUUUGGGAGAACUAUGGGCCUUUUUAGUAGGCUGGAAUGUAGCCUUAGAAUAUAUUAUCGGAGCUGCUGCCACCUCUAGAGCAUGUAGUUCUUACAUUGACUCCUUGACCGGUGGCGUAAUUAAAAGCAACAUAAUGAACCUCAUCGGACCAAUACAUGUACCAUUCGUAUCUGAGCACUUAGAUUUCCUCGCCUUUGGUAUCCUCGUGAUUUUCAUAAUUUGGCUAUCGUUCGGAGUCAGGAUGACAUCUCAUUUGAAUAACGUGUUUUCGGCUGUGAAUAUGACUGUUCUUAUGAUUGUUAUAUGUGUAGGAGCAUAUUUUUCCAAGAUGAAGAACUGGGUGAAUCCACAUACAGGUGGCUUCAUGCCAUACGGAUGGUCUGGUGUACUGGCAGCUUCUGCAACUUGUUUCUAUGCGUACGUGGGUUUCGAUUCCAUUGCAUCUGCUGGUGAAGAAGCUAAAGAUCCACAGAAAUCCAUUCCUAGAGCUACUAUGAUAUCAAUGAGCAUUGCUACAGUAACGUACAUUGGUGUUUCCUCUGUUCUUACGCUUAUGGUCAACUACAAAGAUAUUGCAGAGGAUUCUGGAUUACCAGAAGCAUUGGCUUCGCAGGGUGCCUACUGGGCGAAGAUAGUAGUCAUCGUGGGAGCCGUCAGCGGAAUGGCCACUUCCAUAAUCGGAAGCCUUUUUGCCCUGACUCGAGUCAUUUAUGUCAUGGCUGAUGAUGGUCUACUUUUUGUGUUCUGCUCCAAGGUGAAUAAAACAACAAAGAUUCCUUUAGGAUCAAUGUACAUUUUCUCUUUUUUGUCGGCCAUAAUGGCAUUAAUACUUGACAUAAAUACCUUGGUAGAGCUGAUGUCCAUUGGUACCCUUGUUGCCUAUCUAGUUGUUAGUGCCUCCGUUAUUAUUUUAAGAUACAGCCCCCAUAUAACUAAUGAGAUAGGCAGCCAAGAGUUAUCUUCCAUUGGUGGAAAUGGUACUAACAAAGCACCCAUAGAUGAUGCUACUGGCCAAUUUCGGGCCAAUUUUCAAGUAUUGCAAAAAUAUAUAAACCUUCGUGCCGGGAAAUUGGUAACUAUUUGUGUUGCUUUGCUAGUAAUAUUUACAUUUCUGCUUUGUGGAUUCGUAAAAGGAUAUUAUUCAUCCCUUAAAAUAAAACACUGGUGGACAACGUUUAUACUUGUUGUUUUGCUUCUUGGAAUUCUGGGGAGCUUCGUUCUUAUUUUGCUCCACCAACAAACAACAAUUUCUCUACAAUACAAGGUUCCUCUGGUGCCUCUGGUACCUGCUCUGAGCGUUGUGGUGAAUGCUAUUUUGAUAGUGAAUUUGAAUUCAGCGACAUGGCUUCGAUUAAUCGUUUGGGUAAUAAUUGGUAUGUUCAUCUACUUCUCAUAUGGAAUACGCCACAGCAAACUCGAUUCGACAGCCAAGCCUGCAUCUCUAUCACCAGCAACAUAAAGAUCUUUAAAAUGUAAAAUCUUUUCCCAUCAAAGCAAUGUUCAUCAGUAGAGGAAACCGAGAGCCAAGCUGCAGCUUCAUUGCCUGAAGAAUCUUUGGCUGAACGUCAGUGUUUCAUUGAUAUCCUUAUUUGUCAGUUAUGGGAAACAGAGAAUCAUGAAUGAUAUUUUUAUGACUGCAAAACUGAUGAAAAGUCCUAUUUUUUCAUGCAUCAAAAAAUGUACAAGAAUAGGGACAGGAAUAAACGGAGCUGAUCAAACCGGCGCCGAAAAUUUGGAAAAGUUGCUGACACCGUUUUCACCUGUCCAUCGUCUGCCAGCGUGGAACAGCGACGGGAUGUAAAAGCACAAAUAACGUCAGCAGUAUUGUAACAUUUAAUUUCGUUUCGAAAGUAACCCUCAUACCUUGACGGGCUUAUGAAGGCCUUAAUCUUGACAACAGCCAACCCGCACAAAGGUACCGGAACCCAUUUUCAAGUUGACCAUCGCUCGCCAAGACACAAGUGUGUUCUGGCAAAGGUGCCAGAACCUUUAUUUAUAAGUUCUUACUAAAACUGUUAAAUGGCGGUGUGAUCAUUUACCAUUUGCAACAAUGCAGAGCCUUCAAAGCAGAAUUUCAGUGCGCUUUCUCUCAAUUUUUCCGAGAACAUUUCUUAAGAACUACAUCCUCCUAAAUGAAGUCUUUUCACUCUGCGUAAAGCACGGGUAAUGCGGAG